CCCGCUUCCGCUCCUCCCUUUGGCGGUCCACGGCCCGCCGCCGGCUGGCCAUUCUCCCGCUUGGCGAGCUUCCAAGAUCCGUCGGCGCUCCCGGCGGCUGGGCUCAGCUGGACUGCGCGCGGCAGCGGCGGGCCUCGCAGAUGACCAAUGAGGCCCGCUCUGUUCUGGUCUUUUGAAAAGGCUCAGAUCUGAAGGUAGAGGAAUGAUUGGACGUGUUGCUGGGGAAAGUGAGCUUUCCAUUUAACCAAAGCAGAGAUGUUGGCUUAUUAAUAAGAAUUACUUGAAGCCAGAGUCAUGGUGGAUGUAGGGAAGUGGCCAAUCUUCACUCUGCUCUCACCUCAAGAAAUUGCAUGUAUUCGAAAAGCCUGUGUCUUUGGUACCUCUGCCAAUGAAGCGCUCUAUGUCACUAACAGUGAUGAGGUCUUUGUAUUUGGACUGAACUAUAGUAACUGUCUAGGAACUGGAGAUAACCAGAGUAUACUGGUACCCAAAAAGUUGGAAGCCUUGUGUGGAAAGAAGAUUAAAAGCCUUAGUUAUGGGAGUGGACCACAUGUUCUUCUCAGCACUGAAGAUGGAGUUGUUUAUGCUUGGGGCCACAAUGGAUAUAGCCAGCUUGGGAAUGGGACGACCAACCAAGGCAUCGCUCCCAUCCAAGUCUGUACCAAUCUCUUGAUCAAGCAAGUGGUUGAAGUAGCUUGUGGCUCACAUCAUUCAAUGGCUCUGGCAGCUGAUGGAGAGGUAUUUGCUUGGGGCUAUAACAACUGUGGUCAGGUAGGAUCAGGAUCUACAGCGAAUCAACCAACCCCUAGAAAAGUUACCAACUGUUUACAUAUAAAGAGGGUAGUUGGCAUUGCCUGUGGUCAGACCUCAUCCAUGGCUGUUCUGGACAAUGGUGAGGUGUAUGGCUGGGGUUACAAUGGCAAUGGCCAGUUAGGCUUGGGGAACAAUGGCAACCAGCUGACCCCCGUGAGAGUGGCAGCUUUGCACAGUGUGUGUGUGAACCAGAUUGUCUGCGGCUAUGCACACACUCUAGCACUAACAGAUGAGGGUUUGCUCUAUGCCUGGGGAGCUAACACGUAUGGGCAGCUGGGAACUGGCAAUAAAAAUAACCUGCUAAGCCCAGCACACAUCGUGGUGGAGAAAGAAAGGGUUGUAGAGGUUGCAGCCUGCCACUCUGCCCAUACAUCGGCUGCCAAGACACAGGGCGGGCACGUGUACAUGUGGGGCCAGUGCCGGGGCCAGUCGGUGACCCUGCCCCACCUCACCCACUUCUCCUGCACGGACGAUGUGUUCGCCUGCUUCGCCACUCCUGCUGUCUCAUGGCGCCUCCUGUCUGUAGAACAUGAAGACUUUUUAACAGUUGCAGAGUCACUGAAGAAAGAAUUCGAUAGUCCAGAAACUGCUGAUCUGAAGUUCCGAAUUGAUGGGAAAUAUAUCCAUGUCCACAAAGCUGUUUUGAAAAUCAGGUGUGAGCACUUUCGAUCAAUGUUCCAGUCUUACUGGAAUGAGGACAUGAAGGAGGUGAUAGAAAUAGACCAGUUUUCUUACCCAGUGUACCGUGCCUUCCUCCAGUACCUCUAUACAGAUACAGUUGACCUGCCACCAGAAGAUGCUAUAGGUCUUUUGGAUUUGGCAACGUCUUACUGUGAGAACAGACUGAAAAAACUUUGUCAGCACAUUAUCAAGCGAGGAAUCACUGUAGAGAAUGCCUUCUCAUUAUUCUCUGCUGCAGUCAGAUAUGAUGCAGAGGAUUUAGAAGAAUUCUGCUUUAAGUUUUGCAUCAAUCAUUUGACAGAAGUUACACAGACUGCAGCAUUUUGGCAAAUGGAUGGCCCUCUGCUAAAGGAAUUCAUUGCUAAAGCCAGUAAAUGUGGAGCCUUUAAGAACUGAAUCCCAAGGCUGCUGGGUUUGUGUGAGUGCUCUGGGGCACAGGUGACGGUGUGUCGUUUGUGCUCUAUAGGUGAUACAAUUCUGCAGGUAAAAAAGCUUUCAGGUUAUUUCUCCACAUCUGAGACACAGUUUUCUGUGUAGGAAUAUAUGAAGGAUGUAUGGCUUUUCCUGAACCCAUUUGAAAUAAUUCUUUGUUUCCAGAUACAUGUAUUGUAAAUGUGACCUUAAUUUGGCUAGAACAUGUUAAAAGGGUGAAAGUUUAGCUGGCUGUUUUUUUUAGAUUAGACUCUGGACUUGGAAAGGGGACAUUUGUGGCGGCUCCUCUGGCUCACAUAUCAGCAACCUUUUUGACACCAGGAGUUGGGACAGUUUGUGAAUUGGGAGAUAGUCAAAAAGGUCCCACCAUGAAUUAAAGAUGCUAAUUUGGGGGCUUGUUGAAAUAUGUGUUAGUUGCUCAUUCAGUACCUUACUGUGAAGGAAUAGUGAAGAUCGUUUGAGGCUUUUGUUUGUGUGGUUAUACUAUUAAUGACUUUAACUUCACAGUUUAUCAAAAUAAUGAGUUUAAUAUGAGUUAUACCUAUUGAAAUGAUAGUUAUAUAAAGGUAAAUUUCUAGGUUAGCCAGAAUUAUUCUUAAGCACAUAAAAAGUAGUAAUUUAGAACUAUCUUAAAAGUUCAUAAUGAAAGAAAGUUCAUUUUCACAAAGGUGAAUAUUUUAUAAGUUGGAAUCUCCAAUGGUGUUUUAUAAAGAUAAAAUUUGAAAAUUCAAGUUUAAAUUGCAACUGCCCACCUUUUUCCCUAUAUGUGCUAAUCAUUAAGAGGAAAAUAAUGACAUAUUCAAUAUAUUCUUGUCUUCCUAAAUUAUGGCUGCUUUAUCACAUCGCUACAUCUGACUCAGAAGAAGUGGUUCUUAAAACCAACUUUUGGACUUAAUGGAAUUAGUUGUAUCUCUUGUAUCUAGGCCAAAUAUCACAAAUUUGCUUAUUUGAAACUUCACCAGCUUUUUAAAUUUUCCUCUUUCAGUUAUGUUAGGUGUUUAAUACUUAACAAAAUUUAACUUUGAAAAUGGCUCGAAAUUAUUAUUUUCCUGAAAAGGUCCAAAUUUUUUAGGUUUGGUUGUAAAAUGUGACUUGGAGGUAAGAGUGUUAAACUGUGGGUUUUAUCAUACGUACACAUUGAGCUUGCUUUAAGAAUAUAGCUUUGUACUGCUCUCUGGCCCAUGAACGUAUUUCCAUUUGUGGGAACUCCCUUAGUGAAUUCUGUUUGAUGCUGAGAAUGUCCCCCAUCUGAACUUGGAGGCUUAGUACAUUUUCAGAGCCAAAUUAGCAAGAGGGUGAAGAGAUGCAGCACCUACUAUUUUUAGCAAUGUUUUUAAGUGUGCUUAGAGGUUGAAGUGGGAGUGAGAGCCCAAACAUAGGAAUUCACUGGUAGGUGAAAUAUAUAAAAAACCUAGAAGUCCUAGCCCCUUUUCUGACCAUGUCACAAAUUACUGAAUCCCAAUGAAUUAUUAGGUUAGAAUUCGUUUUGCAACAUGAUAGGAUUUGCUUACUAGGUUGAUAAAUGCACAUUGCUUUGUUGAUUAGCUACAAUGGGUAGUAUUUGUAACAAUCACUGUUCUGUAGGCUUUUGAACUGGACAAAACAAGAACUUCAGUAUAUUUAUUAUUGUUCUUAAUUGAAAAAAAGCAAGCACAAAGUGAAGGAGCAGAUCCAUGUCUGUAGAUAGUUCAUUCAACAAACAUUUUCUGAGUUGCUAAUAUACAUGAAGAACCACUUGUUAUUAGAUUAAUAAUUUGAAUGAGUAUGUAUGUAAUGAAGAGAGCAGGAAUGAGUCCACUGAAAAAUAUUGGAGUAUCUUUUUUUUAACACACUUAUUUUUCUACUUGGUUUUGCUGUUAAUCUUAGCAGGAGAUAAAAACAAUUCUUCAAACUUUUUUCAUCUUAUAUAAUAAGAAAGCCAAAGUAUUCCUAUUUCUUAAAAUAGUGCUAUAUGUCCUCUUGAACUUCUUACUGGAAAAUUUUAUACUCUAGUAUAUAGGCUGUAUUUAUGUAAUAUUUAGAAUGACAUAAUAAAGUAAUCUGUUAAUAUACA